AAAUUCUGGGGGAGUUUUGACAGGUGUGGCUGCUCCGUCGGUUCCUGUUGCUAACGUGGUGGAAUGCUGAAUUUAAUGUUACUUUAAGAUUUGAUGUCUUUAAAGCUACGUGCAUCAAGACCCUAAGAUAUCUCACAGAGCCAGACACGAUGGAGACCUCAGUGGUGAACCUGUACGACAAGUUCCUGAGUCAUGUGGACAGUCUCAGCGAAGGCGUCGAACCACAAUUUAUCCAGAUGGCGACCAGCUUUGAGGCGUGCCGUAAAAAGUGGCUCCAAGCGGACGAGGCGCUGGGCUCCUGUAAGGAGGUGCUGGCCAAAGCCGAGACGGACAGGGGGUCGUUGGAGGUCAAGCUGAAGCACGCUCGCAACCAGGUGGAUGUGGAGAUCCGGAGGCGGCAGAAAGCUGAGGCUGAGUACGAAAAGCUGGAGCGUCAGCUGCAGCUGAUUCGGGACCUGUUGAUCUCGGAGACCCACAGCAGCAGUGUCCACUUGAGUGAGGAGCAGAGGAAUGCCCUUGCCUUCCUCAGCGCCCACUCCCAGGCGGCCCAGUCCGCCAAGGGCAACGUCAACACCAGCCACAGGUUAACCACCAUUGAUGAAUCAGCCUCCAUGCUGUCAGACAUUAGCUAUGACCAAACGGAUGACUCUCUGGACUGGGACUCCUCUGUCGUCAGGACUGUGAAGCUGAGGAAACGCCAGAAAAGGCGGUCCUCCAGACAACUCCUAGAUCCUGUGAAGAGACCUCGCUCGUCAGGGCGCAGAGACCCAGACAGGGUGAACGAGUCAGUGGUAACCAAGACGACCAUCACUGUCUCUGCUAAUGGUGGCCCCAUGGAGGCCGUCUCCACCAUUGAGACGGUGCCCUACUACACCCGUAACCGAAAGAAGAGUGCUGCUGCUCCAGUAUGGACGGAUACCACUACCGACCAAUCCGAGACCACCAGCGAUGCACCCAGUAUGCCGUUCACCGAGGCCCCACCCACUCCAAGAACCCCCAGGAACAACACCGCUUCCGGGAAGAAACAUAACUUUGUUCCCAAAACGGUCAUCAGGUCAGAGUACUGCCAGCCUUGUGGGAGAAGGACCAAGUUUGGGAAGGUCUAUCUCCGGUGCCAAGAGUGUAGGGUGGUCACCCAUCCAGAGUGUCGGGAGCAGUGCCUCCUGCCAUGCAACCCCAUCGCCUUUAGCACCCCCCUGAGGACCACAGAGGUGACACUGGCUGACUUUGCCCCCAGCACCUCCCCCAUGGUGCCCGUCCUGGUGGUCUACUGCAUCAAAGAGAUCGAACGCAGGGGACUCAAUGAGGUGGGCCUGUACCGUCUCUCCGGCUCCGACCGCCAGGUGAAGGAGCUGAAGGAGAAGCUGCUGAGAGGCAAGACCCUACCGGCCCUCAGUAAGGUGGAGGACAUCAACGUGAUCACAGGCGUCCUCAAGGACUUCCUCAGGAACCUCACGCAGCCGCUGCUCACCUUCCACCUCAACAAGGCCUUCAUGGAGGCUGCAGAAAUCCAGGAUGAGGACAACAGCCUUGCUAUGGUGUACCAGGCCGUCAGUGAGCUUCCCAGCCCCAACCGAGACACCCUGGCCUGCCUGAUGAUCCAUCUGCAGAAAGUGUCCCAGUGCCCGGAGAACAAGAUGGACGUGAACAAUCUGUCUCGGGUGUUUGGCCCCACCCUGGUGGGCCAUGCCCUGGCGGAGCCCGACCCCAUGACCAUCCUGCAGGACACCAGCCGGCAGCCCCGGGUGGUGGAGCGCUUGCUGAAAAUCCCAACCUCCUACUGGACCCAGUAUGUUCCUCAAGAGAACAUGUCCAUGGACAACGGCUCACAAAUGGAUAUGUCCAUCAACAGUGUGAGCAUCUUGGGGCCUGUCAACACACCGGAGCAUCACAUGAUGAGCAAAACGCCCUCUUCUGGCUCGCUGUCCAAGCGCAUGAUGCACACCCUCUCCAGCACCACGAUAUUUGGGACCAAGACUAAGCCUGCCACUGCUACCUCCAACCGGCAGGUCAACUUCUUUUCUUCCCCACAACUCAAGUGAAAGGGUGAAAAAAUGUAUUUAAUAUUCAGUCCUUUAUUCUAUUUCACAUGCAUUUAAUCGCAAUAUACUAUUCUCUAUUUGCAUACUCGUCUGGGAGAAAAAAAACAAUUUUUUUUGACUAUGUUAUUACGGUUUUAUGUUGUUAACAAGCUUCUUUAUAUAUGACGUUUUCUAUGAAAAUAAUGCUUUGUGUGCCUUGCAGUGUUUUUAAAAGCUUUGAUUGCCAACGCUUUAUUGAUCCAGAUGGUUGUAUUUACUCCUCUGUAAUGAGAGAAUAAGCUUUCAAUCAAGUCGUACAAAUGUAGGUUCCGAUGUGUCUUAAAUUACGCAACUGUACCGGAUGCGCUUCUUGUUCCAUGUGGUUGUCAUCACAGAACCAAAGACGUGUUGGUAUUUAAAAAAGAAAUGCAGCUGGAUUAAAUGAAGAAUGAAAUAAGUAUUUCUUGUUCCCCAGUCUGCAUGUCGCUUGUGAUGGAAAUCAGUUGCCAUAUCAUUUUCUUCAAAACUGACUUUUUUUUUUUUUUUUUAAACUUAUGUUUGCUUUUAUAUUUAUGUGACGUGCAUCCUAAAUCCUCUGCACAUCCUCUGCGCAUACAGAUUAUGAAACUAGAUUUUUAAAAUGUUUUUGUCAUGCAAACUAACACUGAAUGGGAACGAUUGCCUUUUGGCACUAGAAUAAUGUGUGUAAAUAUAUAUUUUCCUUCACAAUAUGCCACAAGAGGAUGCUAUUGCACCAUCUUUUAUAUAUACAUGUAUAUCCUCUCUGUAAAGGACGCCUCCUUUCUUUUUCAUUUUUUUUUAAUAUGAAAUUAAGUCUGCUACUGUGAUACCCCUGAUGACCUGUCUACUGUGUGUUAAGUCCCACCAAAGGGCCAUGCCACUCUAUAAAAAAAUGGAAGUGUUAUUCAAAAGACCUGGACCUUUUUAUUUCCAAAUUUUGGUCCCUGAGGUUUGAUUGCUUGAGAUGUUGAAGGUGUUGUAAAGCGACUGGGCCGUUGUAAAAUCAGUACUAAAAAUGCAAAAGAUUUCACGGUAAACCUUAUUUUCACAGUUUCUAAAUGGCGGUUUUCCACACUUGAGCCUCCUCGCUAUGGAGUCUGUCGCCCCUGAGGCCUGUCGGAAUUUGUAGAGGGAGCGUUUCAUUUCACAAAUUCACUGAAUUUAGGAGGAUUACCAAAGCAAAUGCACUACCUUUUAUGAUGGCACACAACCCAAUUUAACUAUUAAUAUCAUCACUGUUAUGUUCUAUUCAAACAGAGGGUUAGAAUUGCCAAUAACGGUAUGACUGAAGGAGUGUUAUAUUUAUCCUGUUGUGUUCUAUGUCUCUGGUGGGAGGACCCUCUUUGCUCAGCCGUUGCCGUUUCCUCCGUCAUGUGGACUCAAUUAAGAUGCAUUCCUGCUUGAACUCAAAGGGAGAUCAGACAACGGGCCACAUGGAGCUCAAAGCACGACAUAACAAAGACCUGCUCUUUUGUCUCAGCGGGUUUCUACACUUUCCAGACGGUCACAUGUAGGUCACAUUAUUUAUUUUACAUUACUUACAUUUCUAUUUGGUAUACUGUUGUUCUUGUUCUAUUUAUAUAUUUAUUUAUUUUCUCGAAUGCACCAAUUGGGAAAGCUUAGUAAAAAUGUGAUUGUACUUGACUCGUGCAAUGACAAUAAAAGGCUUUCUAUUCUAUUCUAUUCUAGGAAGAACCAUGCUUCACUUGUGAAGCAGGGAUUACAAAUGUAGUAACAAAAGUAGGUCUACAACAUAUUGAAUCAAUAAGUGUUACCCCAUUAAAUGUUGUAUAUGGCGUAUCAGUCUUCACAUGGCCCUAAGCGUCAUUAGUGUGGACCAACAUUAGUCUUCAUUUUCCCUGAGUGUAUUGAGUGUUUUGGUUAUUGUUAUUCCCUAUAUGAAAGGGUGGCCAGAUAAUCCAAUACGUCUGUACCGCUGGAUGCUAAUGCAAUUUGGCGCUUUGCUCGACCACUUAUUACAGCCAUCUCCUUCAUCUAUUGGGAUUCAACGUUUUUAUGAAUUGGAGCAUUGAUCAUUUAUGGGCCUUGUGUUUCAAACGUUUAGGCUUUUGCUGCUGUGAAAAGUGGGGAACUCUAGGCCUCCUACAGCCAGAAAAGAGUAAGUAGUCCCAUUCACAACAAUCACACCAAAGCAAGGCAUUGCGCUUCCCAGAUGUGACCCUGGCUGUCAAGAGUUCUUUUCCCCCCAAACGGUAGGCCUAUAUUCUCUUUCAUAUUCCCCGUCACAGCUGUGUGUAGACCUACUUGCACGGCAGCGGGAAAACGGCCAAUCAAAAGACUGACUUUCAAAUCAACAUGAAUAGUUUAUUAGCCUGAGAGAGCGUCCCCUAGCGUGUGGAUUUUGCCCCUCACCGGGGGGAUUAUGUGUUUAUUUAUACUUUACUACUGACGGAGCGCUGUACGUUCAGCAGCCCCAGACAUCAAACAGCUGUGUAGAAGCCGAUAAUGUCUCUGUGUGCCGUGAUGGAGCACCCCCGUGCCUUGGGAAUACCAGGGCCAAAUGAGUAACUCGUCCAAUUAGGAGCUGUUAAAUAAAUUACUGUGUAAACUCGUAAACACACGAUAACGUGAUUUAAAUGUGGCUUUUUUAGGCCGUGGAUUUCAUGCAACUAUAUGUGAAAAAUGAUAUGAGGGAUGUGUUUGGAGGCUGGAUAGGCUUCUACUGGUUAAUAAUUACACUCGGUCCUACUGAACUAGGGCAGAGAGAACAGAUGUUUUUGUUCCCAUUCAAGGUUACCAUUAGUAAAGGGUUCAAAAUUUACAUGAAUAAACUUCAGGCAUUCUCUUGUGGUAGAGGUGCUAAGAAGUUGACCUUGACUCCCAAAUCGGCACAAAAAGCCAAACAUAGAAUAUUACGUCCACCCUGUGAAAAAUGGAGGUAGGCCUACCUUGUUUGGAGAUUGACACAUGCUAUUGAUGGCUGUUGAUGUUUUAAAAUGAUUUCAAAACAAAGCCUAUGAACCUUUUAAAAAAUAACAAAGACCAAUUGAUUAUGUUGCAUAAUCCAGGCACCUCCUCAUAAACCAUUCGACGUAUCGGUUUGGAAACAAGUCAGGUGUGAAACCAUCUAAAAUGAUUUCGUUUUUCCCCCCCUGACACAUUGCCAGUGAAUAAUGUGAUGAAGAACGAUCAAUAUGUCCUUUCAUCUAUGGAAUUAAAUACUUGAGACUGGAUAUCAAA